AUGUACAUACAUACACAGACACAUGUACACUACAAACACAUGUACAUACAUACACACACAUGUACACACACACACACAUGUGCAUACACGCAGACACAUGUACAAUUGUACACAUGUACACAUACACACACACACCACCCCCCCCAUAAAAAGUUGCAGUACUUCGUUGUUCACUCACAGAUCCGGGUACUGCACUCUCGGGGGAGGUAAAGAGCACAGCACAAACUCCUUGCUUUGCUUUCACUGUGCUCAGCUAUUGAGCAGUCUGGUGGCUCCCAGUUCCAAUGACAGAUCCAGCCUAAGCUCCGAGCCUGCUCAGCAAGACGGCCCUGGGGGACACACUCGCCCCCACCAUAAUUUCCACUCGCCAUUGGCAUGGAAAUUUCAAGCCCUGCUCAAG